AUUAUUUCACAAUUAGUUUUCAAUAUCAUCGCCUCGUCUUCAUCGGAAUUCGGAGGAACGUUCAAAAAGAAGAACAUUCAUUUUUGAAGACAAUAAACCAGAGGGCUUAAUAAUGGUCGACAAAGAUAUUCACUCGGAACACUGGUACCAUGGACUGCUCCCACGUGAGGAUAUUAAGGCGAUGCUUCGAAAGAAUGGCGACUUCCUCGUGAGAAGUACGGAGCCGAAGGCCGGCGAGCCACGUCAAUAUGUGCUCUCGGCGAUGCAGAGUGAAGAGUUGGAGGAUGCAGGGGUGAAGCACUAUGUUAUGCGUCUCAACUCGAGCAACCAAAUAUUUUUGGAAGCAAAAGGUUUCGAGACGAUCGCCUCCCUCGUCAACUACUACAUGUCCUCGAAAGAGCCCAUCAAGAAGCUGACAGUGCUGAAGACUCCGAUCUUGAAGCAACCAUGGGAGAUUGAGCAUUCGCAGGUGGAGCUCACGAAAAAGUUGGGAGAAGGAGCUUUUGGCGAGGUUUGGAAAGGAAAGCUGACAUUGAAGAAUGGAAAUGUCGAGAAUUGUGCCAUCAAAACCGCCAAACUGGAGUCACUGAACAAGGAGCAAAUCAAGGAAAUUAUGCGAGAAGCCCGGCUCAUGAGAAAUCUCGAUCAUCCAAAUGUCGUUAAAUUCUACGGAGUUGGUGCAAGCCAGGAGCCGCUGUACGUCAUCAUGGAGUUGGCGGAUUGUGGAGCCCUGGACUCGUACCUUCAGAAGAAUCCGAAUUUGGUGCCCGACAAGAAGAUGGAGAUGAUCUACCAAGCAGCGUGUGGAAUCUCGUAUAUGCACGAGAAGAAACUUCUACAUCGAGACAUUGCGGCGAGAAAUUGCCUGUAUGGAGGUGGUCAGGUCAAGAUUGCGGAUUUUGGGUUAUCCCGUGAGGGAAUCUCGUAUGUCAUGGACCUGACGAAGAAGGUUCCGAUUCGUUGGUUGGCUCCGGAGACGUUGAAAGCGGGGAUUUAUAGUCCGAAGACUGAUGUGUUUGCGUUCGGAAUAAUGGCUUGGGAGAUCACUGAGAAUGGGAAGGAGCCGUACCCAGACAUGAGAGUUGCUGACGUCGUCGGAAAGGUCCGUAAUGGAUACCGCAUGCGGUUUGAUCCGGUCUUUGUGGACUUCAGAUUCGGCGACUAUGUCACGAAGCACUGCUGGGCUGAAAAUCCGGCGGAUCGUGUGAGCAUGGCGGAUGUUCUGCGCUAUCUUCAGACAACUUUUGGGAUGAAGCCAGUGGUUCUAUCGAUUCUAUCGAGCAAUCGCUCGACCGAGGAGGAGAUGAAGACGAUGAAGCCGCCAAUGUUCUCGGUGAAGAGAAACAACAAGAAGAAGCCGAAGUGAUCUUUGAUUUGUUCGGAAAUAAAGUUUUGAUAGUUUUGACUUGAGAUGUUAAUAAAAUUGUUUUAUUACCCUGAGAAUUCGAGAGAAGAAUACGGUACCUGGUCUCGAAACGACAAUUGUUUGUUAAAUGCGUGAAGGUGUGCGCCUUUAAAGAGUACUGUAAUUUAAAAAUUGCGGUAUUUUCUUCAAUUUUUUUAUUUCUUUUGAUUUGUUAAAACAUAUACUGUUUUUUGUUAGUUUAUUGAUGAAUAA